AUGAGUUGGUCAGUUCUGUGCCUUUUGGUCGUCAUUUCCAAUUGUGCAAAUUCGCUGCAGAAAAUUGUUGAAGGACCGACAAAUACGAAUGUCAUGUUUGGUGGCACUGCACUUCUGAAAUGUCGUGUUGAGGCCCAGGUUUUUUUUUUUGGAGACAUUUGA